AUGGCGGCAAUAGUAUUUCAAACGCCGCUGACACAUGAGGAAUCUGAUUUCUACAGCCAGAAGUUCCGUCAGUUGGACUCUGAAGAACUAGGUGUUGUCACUGGUGAGGCUGUGAAGCCACUGUUUGCAGCUUCCGGUCUGUCGUCUCAGAUACUAUCACAAAUUUGGGCUUUGGUUGAUAUUGACAACAAGGGAUUCUUGAAUCAAAAUGAAUUCAAUGCUGCCAUGAGACUGAUUGCGCAAAUGCAACAAUUCCCAGGACAAUCAGUUACCACAACUCUUUACGAUCAUCCUCCUAGUAGAUUGCCAAUUUUGAGUGAUCCUAACACCGUGCAAAGCACAGGUAACUCAAGAAUGGGAUCCACAUCAAAUGCCUCAAUUCCUCAUAUCUCUGCCAAUGAUAUAUCAAAAUACUCUCAACUAUUUGACAGAUCAGCUGGGGCAAGCCCAACUAUCCCAGGUGAUAAGGCUAAGGAUAUCUUCCUUAAGGCUAGAUUACCUAACCAAACCCUGGGCGAAAUUUGGGCACUAUGUGAUAGGGACGCAUCAGGGACAUUGACUAAACAAGAGUUUAUUAUGGCUAUGUAUCUGAUUCAAUUGGUGAUGAGUAAUCACCCAUCAACACAACCCUUGCCAGACCACAUAUCAAAUGAAAUAUGGGACUCCUUGAAUCAAUUACCAGCAACUUCUCUACCAAUGGAGCAACCUCUGAGUGCUAGCUCCACAGGCCUUUCAUCAAACCCACCUCUGGUGAGACAAAACACUUUAUCAAGAGUAUCAUCAGGUGCAUUCACCAACGCCGCUAAUAAUUGGUUCCUAACUCCCGAAAAGAAAGCUCAAUUUGACGCUAUUUUUGAUGCAUUGGAUAAAAAUCACGCAGGUGCCCUGGGAUCUCAAAUACUUGUUCCUUUUUUCUUAUCUUCUAAACUAAGCCAAGAAACUUUAGCUAGUGUGUGGGAUCUGGCUGAUAUUCAUAAUAAUGCUGAAUUUACUAAACUUGAGUUUGCAAUUGCCAUGUUCUUGAUCCAGAAGAAGAACUCUGGUAUUGACCUUCCAGAUGUUAUUCCUAAUGAAUUGCUACAUUCACCUUCCUUAGGUUUGUAUCCAUCUCAAGCUCCUCAGACACAAGCAAAUGCCCAACCACCACUUCCACCAUCUAGAAACACGAAACCUCAAAUGAAUCUACCAGUGCAACCUCAACACUCUAACAAUGGUUCUUUGAAUGAUUUAAUGGCCUUGAAUGGUUCAUUUUCUCCGCAACCAACAACAGCAAAGCCAUUAAAUCACACUGAUUCCGGGAAUAGCUUUGAAAACUCCUCUGUAGCAAAUACUAUGACUGCAAAGAAAUUCAAUCCUUCAUCAACGUUUGGUCAAAGCAUAAUUAAGGAGGAAGAUGAGAGGAAUGUUGCACUUGCUUCAAAUACUGCUACCAUGGGUACUACUACUCCUGCCACAACUGCGUCAAAUCUACCGGCAGUACCAACAAUGUCGAAUGUUCCUGGUACAAAUAACACUCAAGCACCACCAGCUACCCAAACGCAACAUAUGAACAAAGCAACUUCGCCAGUUCAAAGACAGAGCACGUUACCAAAAGUUCCAAACUUUGGAGGUUUCACUAAUGCAGCCGGUAGUGGGAUAAAUGCAAUUACCGGUGCUACAGGUGCUGUUCUUGGUGGGGCUAUUGGUGCCGUUGCUGGUGCCGCUACUGGUACUGUUAGUGGUGCCAUUUCUGGAGCUAACAGAGAUAUUUUUGCAGAUGGUGAAUCCUCUCGUCAAUUGUCUACUGCCACUACAGAUUUGGCUAAUUUAUCAAAUCAAGCUAACUCCCUUUCUAACCAAGCUGGUAUUGCAAGCGAAAAGAAAUCUAAGGUAUCUCAGGAAUUGCAAAGGGUUAAUGAAAUGAAAGCAAACAUUGAAAGUAAGUUGGCUACUUUGAGGGCUAAGUAUGACCAAGAUGUUAAAGCGACUGAAGAAAUGGAAACACAGUUGACACAAACUAACAGAGAAGUCGAAACUUUGAACCAGCAACUAGGAGUGGUGGAAGCUAAUUACCAUGCGACUGAGUCUAAGUUAAAUGAGUUGAAGACUCAAUAUGAAGAGGCUCAGCAGAAGAACUCAAAACUGAAAGAAGACAUUGCAAAUUUCAAUACAAUGAUUGCAAGCAUGGAAGCACAACUUAACGAAAAGAAGCAGGUUGCUAAACAAGAAUUAUCUGUUGUGGAUGUGAACAUGAAGCAAUUAGAAUUGAAUCAAAUCACCGUUGCUGGUAUCGAAAAGGAGAUUUCAGGUCUGGAUGAACAAGUUAAUGUAUAUGUCAACAAGCGGAAAGAGCUUGACGAAUAUAAAAAGACAAUCGAAGAUCAGCAUGCCCAAUUGCAAGCCAAAUAUCAAGAAAUCAGUGAUAAGAAUAAUGAACUGACUGAACGUCAAAAUGAGUUAGAUGAACGUAACCAACAAAUAGAAGAACAGGAAAAGCUAUAUCAUGAACAUGUUGCCAAAUUACAAAGCCUCUUUGAUGAUUUAACUAAUAGGCAGCAACAGUUUGAGAAAGCUGAACAAGAACUUAAGAAUAGACAUGUUGAAUACGCUCAAAAAGUCCAAGACUUAACUGAAAGACAAAUGAACUUGGCGAUGGGUGAAAUUCCAUCUGAUGCAAAGGAAAUUGUAGAGAAACACAAGCAAAGCUCUGGUAUGGGUGCUGGCGCUGCAAUGGGAAUAGCCGGUGCUGCUGGUGCUGCUGUUGCGACUGCUGGUGCUGCAAUUGCCCAUGCAAUGACGUCAAAUAAGGAUGAUGAUGAAAAAACUGAGAGUGAUGUGUUUGACAGAGAUGUACCAACUGUUGGUUCUCAAAGUGAACCGGAUGAAAAUGCGGAAACUACGAACCACAGAUCUGAAGCUGAGGCUGUAAACAUGGCCGAUCGUUUUGAGGGUGAUUUGAAUGAGUAUGGGAUCCCAAGAACCCAGUCACUAACGUCCUCCGUUGCUAAUAACGCUCCACAGUCAGUUAGAGACGAUGUCGAACUUCCUGAAACAUUGGAGGAAAAGGAAAUGUCAAAACCUUCUACUGCUGGUAACACUAUAACUCCUAACGCCCAUAUGCCUGGAGAAUGGGAUAAUACUGGGGCAAAUACUAUGACAAAUACACAAGAAGAUAGUGGUCAGAUGAACGACUCUCCUGCUGAUCAGUCUCAGGAGCAUAGUGAGUCAGAUACCUCAAUUCAAAAAUCUCUGGAUCAAGAGGUACCAAAGAAGAAAAUGACUAUUGAUGAAGAGUUCCCUCCCAUCCAAGAACUGAACAUCGAUGAAAGCGACUCUUCUUCAGAUGGUGAGUUUGAAGACACACGCGAACUACCAACUCAAGUUAGCAAGAACGUUGAUGACCAAUCGAUGGCAAUGACAGCACCACCAAAUGGAGUAACACCAUCGGUUCCACAGAUGGAAAAUACUCCUAAGGAUGAUUUUGAUGAUGCAUUUAAUGAACUGGAGAAAGCAACCGAAGAAGAUGGUAACACAUCAGACUUUGAGAAUCUAGCUAACCAAGGAUCCUUUGAAGGCUUUGAACAUAUUGAUCGGAAUGAAGUUGCUGCAAGUAUGCAACAAGGUAAUGUGGUAGGUGCGCCUACACAACAGGGUCAACCAAUGGCACCUCAAGGUCACCACAACCAUGGAAAUGAUGAAUGGGACGAAAUAUUUGCUGGCUUCGGAAAUGGGGUGAAAGAGCCUAAUGCUUCUCAGCAAAUGCAGCAACCUAUUCCAGCAUCAACUUCAGCUACUGCACAAGCGCCAAUCAAUAGAGGUAUUGCUACCACACCCAAAUCCCUAGCUGUAGAAGAAUUGAUGGGGAUGGGUUUCAAGGAAGAUGAAGCGGUUAAGGCUCUUGAAAAAUCAAAUUGGGAUCUGGAAACUGCAACUAAUCUUUUAUUAGACGCUGCCUGA